UAUAAAAGAGACGAGGCUCCAGAAGUACAGACGCCAUAUAUCGACCCCAGUUCUCAACAACAUGACGUUCGAUACAACAGAGACAAUACUCCUGAAAUACGAUACUCGUUGAAAACCGAUCUCAAUUUGCCAUACGAACAAGGCGAACGAGGUUUUGUACGCGAUCAAAUAAAAAGUCAGGAACACGAAAUGAAACGUCGUUCCAUGCAUGAUCCUCGACUAUUCAAAACAACGGUAACGACUGUUGAGUCAGAGCAAGAUGAAGUCUUUCCCUCCCCCCCUGAGGACGAAACAAACCAAAGCAACCAAUCAUCUGCAGAAAUUCCCAGCGUUGAAACAAGGACCGUUGUAUACGAACCUAACCUUCCUGAGAAAGGCCAAGAGAUUUCACAUGUCAUAGGAGAUCCUGUUGUUGUAACGAUGAAAAUCGACGAAAGUCCCGUAUCGGAGGCACGUGCAACGCACGUGGUAAGACAUACAUCCACACCAGCACAGGUUGUUACAAAAACCAUCACCAUCGAAGGCGACGGCGAACCUUUGACGGCUGAAGAACUUGCUGAGAUAAUGAACAUGUCAGAGAAAGAGACAACGACCUUGAACAACAGCAGUAGGAGUAGCUUUCAUCGCGUGGAACGGAUUGAAAAGGUUGAAAAAGUUGUGACUAGCACACAGUUUUGGCAGUCUGGACAAUCAUUUGUUGUUGAAACUGGAGACUCAGAUGCCGAUGCUGCGAUUAUGAAGGCUUUAGAAGACGCCAGACGACAAGAUCCUAACGUGAAAGUUGCUGAAGUGACGAUUACAAAACAAGAGCUCGGAGACGAUGAUUAAGAUUACCUGAAAGAAAGAUUCAAAAGUAUUCCUCCCAAUGGAGUAUAUUCAUUUUUUAAUAGUAAAAGUUAGUCCAACAUGAUGUAUUAUAUACAUGUAUUCUCUUACAACAGACUCUAACGUAUAGAUUCUAACUUAUUCCUUCUACAUAUGACCGAACUCCCACAUGUUUAAAGUCAAUUGUCUUUCUAAGGUAGCUUUGAAUACCUUCUGAUAUCUUUUGUAAUCAUGAGUAAUCUGAUAUCUUUUGUAAUCAUGAGUAAUCUGAUAUCUUUUGUAAUCAUGAGUAAUCAUGAUUAAUCUUUUGUAAUCAUGAUCAAAUUAGUAAAUAGUUAGAAUUUAGGAAGUCAUGAUUGUUUACGAUAGUUAUGGUUUUAGUAAAGUAUUAUUUACUGUUCA